GCCGACAGGGACACCCUGGAGCUGCUGCUGAAGGCCUGCAAGGCGCGAGGCAAAGAGGUCAUCAUCAUCACCACCGACAAGUCCGCCUCGGGCAGGCAGAAGACAAAGCAGUACCUGAACGUGCCUCCUCCAGACCUCGAGGAGUGCGCUUCUCCAGCCGACUGCACCUCCCCGUCAGAGAUAGAGCCAGAUGAGGGUCCAGAAGACCCAUUCAGCUUUAAAGAGCUCUAUGGUGGGCAGCAGGGGGACAGCUCCUCGGAAAGAGUGCCACUGAUGACCAAAUCCCGCUCUGCACCAGCACGGUUCAAGCUGACGCAGGUGCUGCAGUGUGAUCCGUGGCUGAAGUGCUGCCCAGCAGUGUUCCAGCAGAGGAAACUUGCUUCUCCACAAGAACUCCAGACUAUCACUCCCAUGGAAGAGCUCUCCUGUAAGGUUGGUGGCCUUGACUUAUGCAAGUGUGUCACCUGCAGUCAUGAAGGUAGAGACAGGAAGGACACUGCUCAGGUACUGAGAGCCUCUGAUCAAACCAUGUCAAGGAAAGCACUACGUGAUGCAAUAAACUAUCAGCCUCCUUUUGUUGAAGAGAAACACAACCCCAGCGAGAUUCCCAUGGGCAUGGAUGCCAGCUUGGGACAAAUCAGCUUACUUUCAAACCUUGGCAGUAUUAUCAAGAAAGGAAGUGGAGAAGCAAAUUACAACAUCUCCGGUUCUCAGUUCGCCAACACUCUAAUUCCUGCUGCUGAUCCCAAAGGUAGUAAGUCACCAAAAGGAAAUAGAGAGAUUCUUCCUACGUACCAGACUUUGUUACCAAGUCCAAGAAGAGGUCUGGAGGUGCCUCCUCUUUCUCCAAGAGGCAGAAAUCAGGCUCCUCUAGAGGAAGAGGGCUCAGGAGCCUCAGGGCUGGAUCAGACGAGGCCAGGUUUUCUGCCUCCACUGAAUGUGAGCCCCCGCCCCCCAGCUCCAGAGCUCACUGUCAUCAACACAGUGUCUGGAAUGAUUUCCUAUGGACAAACUCACUUAGCCUCCCCGGGAUCUGCUUUCCCCAAGGGGACCAAAGAGACGAAUCUGAUGCGGAGGAGGCCCUACGAGCAGAUCACAGUGUGACCAGAUUCAACAGUCACUGAAUCUUUAACAGGAGAGCAAAGGGGAUCUUAAUGAUAUGUAAAUAUUCACUGCAGUCCUUAACUGUAAUG